GCAAGACUUUGGUGGGUCUCCGUUCUCAAACCCUAGCUGCUGGUAGUACGAAGGCCGCGGCUUCAUACCCUCGUCUUGGAGUUUCUGGUCGCCACCCCAAGGUCGAGCCGUCGCCAACGUUCUUUCUGAUUGGCAUAAAGCCAUGGAUAGGGAAAGGAAGGAGCUGAGGAAGAGGAGGACAUCGGGCCAUUUGAGGUAUCCUGAACUUAAGAGGCAGAAGCAACGUAAUCCUUAUGUUGCUGCUAGAUCUACCUCUCCUGACUGCAAUUUCUGGGACAACAGACAAAAAGAGCUAUAUGAUCAGUUCUGUCAUGAGAAGAAAGUGUUUAAGCAUAGAUUUGUGGAGUGGUCGGAUAUAGCUGAUGCUGAAACUUGCCCUUUUGAUUUGUCCACUAAGUAUGAGGAUCUUGGUCUCAAAGGUCUAACCAGCAACAAUCCAUCUUGGGUUUGGAAUGAAGACGUCGUGAGACAAUUUUAUGGCACCCUUUACGUGGAUCCUGAUCGCAGGGAGAUGCAUUUCAUGAUAGGCUCACAGCAUUGUUUUGCUACCAAGGAAGAUCUUGAAAAGGCCUUGCUGAUUGAGCCUAGAGCUGGCAGCCUUGUUUUGCACACAUGGGAUGAUUUUGAUGUUUAUUCUCUCUUUCGAGUACCUAAUCCCGACAUUGGUCUAGUUCGAGAUCUUAAAACUGAAGUUGAUCUCAUCCAAAGGAUAAAUCGACAUACAAUUUUUCCUAAAUCAGGAAAUCGAGGUGGAUGCACCACCAUGCUUCUCAAGCUUGCCUAUGCCAUUUACCACGGAAAGCAGUUUGACAUUGCUCAUUUCCUCCUCAGUGAGAUGUGUGAGGCCAUUGACACUGUAAAUCAUGCACUGCCAUAUGCACCUCUUAUAUUUUGUCUUCUUCGCCAUCUGAAGUGUGACCUUACAAACAUUGAUACCAAAUGCUGCCUCAAGAAGUACUCCCUGCACCUUGCAAGCUUGAAUCGUGAACAACGUGCUGCCUCAGCUGAGCAUGAAGUUAUAGAGGUGCAGCACCAGCAGCCCAUGUCCUAUUCUCAUCAGCCACCGCAACCAGUUAAUCCUGAACCAGUUAAUCCUGAUUCAACAGUUGCCAGCAAUUCUCAACUUUCAAAACUGAUAGAGGGGUUGCACGAGAAAGUUGUGAAAGGAUUUGAGGCAAUUGAAAAGCGACUUUACACAAUGGAGGUUCUCUUCUCAGUCUUAUCUUCAGAAGUUAGUGAGAUGAAAGCUUGUAUGCUUGAUCCUUGUCAUGCGCUGAACGGCGACAAACAAAAAAGGGCACAAACUGAAGCUCAUCAAGGUGGCGAGGGUCCUUCUGCAGCAGCUGAUCCAUAGCUUCCCUACCUGUCUUGCUGGACUUGGCUAACUUUCUUAUGUCAGCAGAAGAGUUUAUGUUGUACCCUGUUUUCGGUAGUAAAAUCUAUGCUAUAUUUUAUUGUAGUGACAGGAAACUAGUACUUCUGGUGAUAUAUCUUGAGCUACCCUGUUUUUUGUUUGUUUUUGUGGUUAUAUUUUUUUUGUUGUAGUGACAGGGGCGCUACUUUUGCUGGUAAAUUUAAUAAUAAACUAGAUGAUACCCCGCGUGUUGCUGCGGGAGUCGGUUGCAAUA